AUGGGUAUAAGAAAUCAGUCCACAGUGACCGAGUUUCUUUUUUCAGGAUUAACUGACCGCCCUGAGCUUCAGCUGCCCCUUUUCUUCCUCUUCUUAGGGAUUUAUAUAGUUACAGUGGUGGGAAAUCUCAGCAUGAUCUCCAUAAUUGGGCUGAGCCCGCAACUUCACAUUCCCAUGUAUUAUUUCCUCAGUAGUUUGUCUUCUUUAGAUUUCUGCUAUUCUUCUGUCAUUGUGCCCCAAAUGUUGAUAGGGUUUUUAAGGAGAGAUAAAGCGAUCCCCUAUUCUGGAUGCAUGACUCAGUUUUUUUUAUUUUGUAUGCUUGCCGUUUCUGAGUUCUAUCUGUUGGCAGCAAUGGCCUAUGAUCGCUAUGUCGCCAUCUGCAGCCCCCUGCUCUACAAUGUCAUCAUGUCCGCGGUCUGUUCUCUGCUGGUGGCUGGUGUCUUCUCCAUAGGUUUUAUCCUUUCCAUGGUUUAUGAAGUUUUUUUGAUAAAGUUGGAUUUCUGUGGCUCAAAUAUCAUUAAACAUUAUUACUGUGACAUCAUCCCCCUUAUGAAACUCUCCUGUUCCAGCACUUUCAUUGGUGAACUUCUGAUUUUUAUCAUCGGUGGAUUUAAUUUGAUCACCACUAUCCUGAUAAUCAUCAUUUCAUAUGCUUUCAUCAUCUCCAGCAUCCUCCGCAUCCAAUCUAAAGAGGGCAGGUCCAAAGCUUUCAGUACCUGUGGCUCCCACUUGACAGCUGUUGUUAUUUUUUAUGGGUCUCUCAUGUUCAUGUAUCUCAAACCUGCUUCCAGCAGUUCAGCCGUCCAAGAAAAAAUUGCAUCUGUAUUUUACACCAUUGUGAUUCCCAUGCUGAAUCCCCUGAUUUAUAGUCUGAGGAAUAAGGAAGUGCAAAAUGCACUGAUGAAGCUCUUAAGGAGAAAAACAUCAUCAAAAUGA